AGAAAACGGACUCUUUACGUUACGCUCUUAAGUCUCUACCAUCUUCCAGCAGAUCUUAAUUCAUGAAAAGUUAAACAUUAAAAGUUAAAGAUGUACAGUAGGCGCGGAGAUCACUUUCUUGUCGGCGAAUUUGGCGGCUACGAUUAUGGGGAUUUCGGAGGAGGGGACGACAGUGAUGCCAAAGACCCAUCUGGAAUUACCACUACCGGAAGCGUGACCAGCGAUACACCCACGACUUCCACCACUAGCAUCUUCUCGCCAUCAGCGGCAUAUACAGGAAAUCCACAAGCAGUGACGAGGUCGAGAUUAUCUGACAUUCUGACCCAAGUCAUCACGGGUCGUCCAGAUACUGUCCCAGUUCAUUCCACAAUCAAUAAAAACAUUUUACAGUCAGAGAGACCAGAUUCUUACGAUAUUUUCAGCACUGCGGCGAGGACAGGAAAUAUAGAUACCACUACCUCAACAACAACGGGAUCGGAUAAACCCAUCACUGAUGUCUUUACCAGGACAUACGAACUCAUUUCUAGACAUACUACAGACUUAGUCACACAUUUAAACACUUCAGUCACAGCGCACAGUGGCAGCCAAGCACAAACACCAGAGAGACAUUUUACUUCUCAUACAAACAUAUUUGAACUUUUCAAUUCAACAAAUAUUUCAUGGUCAGAGCUACCUGAAACGGAAUUUCGCAUGUGUCUAGGAUGUACACAUAUCAUUCAUGACAUUGUUCUUCCUGUCGUCAUAGCUAUUGGAAUUCUAGGAAACGCAGCAGCGUUUUUGGUUUUGAUGAGGAGAAUAUUCCGGUUGUCUGCUACAGCGCGUCUCCUGAUUGGUCUAACAGCGUCUGCUUUCUUGCAUUGUGUCAUUGAAGUUCCUCAUCUUCUGUGCAGUGAUAAAAGUCUGUAUGCUUCGGAAGGUUUCCAGGUUUUCUACAGGCAUUAUCUCAUCGCAAGGAAUGCAUUGAACCCAAUCUUGCUGUCAGCUGUCACCUGUCUGACUGUCGCCGUCGUCUUGGAAAGGUUCCUGUCUCUUCGUUACCCCUUUUCUCCGUCCAUGCACUCUACCGUCCCAGAAGCCAGUAAGACAAUUCUUGGGGUAUUUGUGGCCGUCACGCUGUUCCAUUUGUCUAAGAGCUUUGAGUACGCACCAAACCCUGAUCUGUCGUCUGCGGAACCCCUGAUUGCGACAGAGCUGCUUCGGAUUGCAGCUUACAAGAUAUUCCGCCAGUACGUCAACACGACUCUCACGGUCACCCUUCCAUACGUCGUUUUGUUUGUGCUAUUAUUAUUGUUGGUCAUCGCCAUUUCAAACUUUAGAUCUCAGUGUAAAAAAUCAUUCAUAGGACAAUCGUCUACCGGAGAUGCGAGUCACAUGACGUCAGGGGUGGUUGCUAUGGCAACCAUGUUUCUACUGUGUAAUUCUCUCAGCUUGUAUUUAGCUACAAAUAUCACAGUUUAUGGCAGCGAAAAGACAUUUUCAAGCAGCCUGAAUGUUGAACUGAAAGAAUUAUCUGAAGUUAUGAUAUUUGUUUACAUGUCGCUCCCGUUUAUCUUGUUUUGCGCCAUCUGUCGGAACUUUAGAAAAGCUACCUGCUGCUGUGGGUCCAGUAAUUCAGUGGGAUUUUCUACCGACGUCUCCCAGAAAAAUUCCCGAUCAAACAGUACAUUCACUGGUAUUGGGGUGUCGAACUGUAGUCUAGAUUUUGUGUGAUUCUUUUGUGUACCAGUAACAUAUCAAAAGCAUCUUAAUGAUAUCUAGAUGACCUCUACAGAAAUAUAAGAUUUGCAUUGCAUUUUUUAGUUGACAUAUCAAGACUUAUUUACAUAUCUUUUACAUAUAAUUUUCUAUAAUAAUAUUGAUAUAUUUAAGAAUAAAUCU